UUACACGAUUUACACCAUUUACACCGAAGUUUGGUCGUGACAUAUCCUAACCACAAAAAUUUUAAAACCCUCACGCGCACGUGUUUUUUGUCGAAUCUGAAAAGAAACGCGAUUUUUGUCAAAUGGGAAAGCAAAAACGACAGCGACACAAGCCCCAUAAAGAAAAUCCGACAGGAUUACCCAGUGCUAAAGAUUUUGACGAGGAAACCGAAGAUGUUGUCGUAGAAAAUAAGGAAAAAGCUUUACAGCGAGUUUUGGAGCAAUUGCAAUCUGCAAACAUGGAGGAGAAGUUAUCAGGUCUCCAAACCCUGGAAUCAAUGAGCUACGAAACAUCGAUGGCUGUUCAAAUCGCCAAAGACAACAUUACAAAAAUAAUAGGACCUUUCUUAGUUGAUGAAAAUAAAUUAGUACGAGCUGCGGCAGCCUCUACACUGAGAAAUAUAGCAGAAAACGGUGGAGAAGACGCUUACCUAUGUCUUUUAAAAGAUGAUGUCAUGACUCCUCUUACAUCUUUACUUAAAAAUCAUUACACGGAUUGGCAUCCAAGUUCAGAACCCAAAGAAAAAGGAAAGCUGGGCGAAGAAAGGCAAACUUUCAUCCAAGCUGUUACUCUCCUCUGGACUUUAGGCGAAAAAAAUGAAAGCGUAAUUAAACGUUCAAAUGACGAAAAUUUACUCCAAAUACUUAUAAAAUUUCUGGAUACAUCUACAUAUGGAGCAGGAUUGAGUAGCGUAGCAAUUCAAUGUAUGCUCACUUUAUCAGAAGAUAAUCCCGUGGCAAUUUCGGAAUUAAAAAAACAAGAAAAUUGCCUAGUGAAUCUCCUGGAAUGGACAUCUGAGAACGAAAAAAUUGAGGCAACAUCUCUUCGCACUUUAUCAGCCGGAUUAUUAAUGAACAUAAAUCAAUCGUCAUCUGAAACAGACUCGUUAAGAAUCACUUGCAAAGUUCUAUCAAUUCUCGGCGAAACUCUCAACUUUGAUUUUAAAAAUCAAAUCGAAAGUCUGACUUCUGCUUUUCCAAGUGAGAAACAUCUUUCUCGUGCCUCGAGGAAAAAUAUACGCGAGAUUAAUCAAAUCGCAGCAAUGCAGCAGCAAGCUUUGGAAAUUCUCGCUAAUUUGUGCACAGAUGAUCAGGAAAGUGAUGCGGAUUCGGAUUUAGAUGACUCGGAUGACUUCGAGGAGGAGGAAAUGGAUGUUGAUCAGGUUUUAGAUAAAUCAGUUAAUUCGUAUUCUAAUAUUCCCGUCGAGUUGACUGAAGUCAUUGCGAGUACCGAUUUAGUGAAGAAAGUCUGGGAAAAGACGGUCAAAAUAGAGGAUAAUACAAAGAAGAUUUUUGAACACAAUCCUGAAGGUAUUUUUGUAUUAAAACGACUCAGGGUUUUGAGGUGUAGAGCUUUUCUGUGUCUGAAUAAUUUGAUUUCGAGUUUGGACGUUGGCACUUUGGGAGGCGUUGAUAAUUUAUACAGAUUGUGGACUGAAAUAGGAAAAGUAGUGUUUACAGAUGCAGAUCCGAAUGAUAUUGACUUGCUAGAAUCAGCAACUUCGGCGAUGCGAGCUGCUCUUCAAAAAUUGGCCGAAGUACGUGCGAAGGUUUUCCAAAACUUGAGUAUAACGGAUUUGGAACCGAUGUUGAAUGGAGAGAGACAAUGUUCGAAUCCAAAUGUUAGAGCUAAUUUAUUACGAAUUCUUGGAAAUCUCGCUCUGAUUUUAAUGAAUGGUGGAGUUCUCCAGUGCCAGGAAUUAAUCAAGCACGUAUCUCUGUUUCUUCUGGAUACUUGUACAAAGGAAAAUGAAGCCUGGGUCAUCGCAGAAUCACUAGAUGCUAUUAUGGAUAUUUUUGCUGAGGACGAGACUGAUAAUUUAGCAGCGAAUAUCAAUUUAGUCGAAAAACUUCAGAUUGUUGCGCCUAUUUUAAAAAAUAAGAUACGACAGCAAAAACAGAAACUCGGCGAUAAUGCUUUGGUCGUCUCAACCGUAAAGGCGAAUUUACAAAGGUUUAUCAAAUAUAAAGGACAGCGAGUCGCAAAACUCAAAGUUGUGUAAAUAUGUAGAUAUAGAAAAUCCUGACCUAUUAUUGUAUCAUAUUUCUCUCGAACUGAAAGCCAAAUCUCUUAGAAUUUUGGUAUAUUUUUGAAUAAGAUUUUUUUUUCGAAGAAAUUUAUAAUUUCUUAUCUUUAUAUUACCACGAAAGGAGAUUAUUAUUAUUUAAGAGGCAUUUAUUUGUUCUUAAUAUGAAUAAUUUAUUAAAAAAUGUGCCUUAAUACUAGAUUUCCGAAAUGAAAAGACGCUACUGCGUUUUGCAAAAAUUUAUUCUUUGUGCGAGACGUACUAUAAAUAUAUUUUAUUAACAAUAUACAUUGGGGGGAAUUAUUGUUAAUUAUCACGGAGCAAACAUCGUCGCAGGUAUUUUCGACUCCAUAUACUUUCAACAAUAAAUAACAAUUGAAAAUC